AUGGUGCAAGAGACACAUUGGAAACGUGAAGAUAGGACUAGAUGGAAUUAUGAAGGAUAUGAGAUAAUCUCACAAGCAGCCUUGAAUAAGAAAAAGAAAAGAGGAGUGGCCAUAAUCCUUUCAAAAAGAAUAAAUAGAGAAAUCAUAUAUGAAGAUAUAGACAUAGAAGGACGGUACCAGAUAUUAAUAUGCAAGUUGGAGGAGAAAGUUUACACUUUGAAUUACAUUUUAAAGUUGAAUAUGUCAAAUCAAACUCAUGUAAUUGAAUUUAUAAUUACUGGCUUUGCAAGCACUAGGGAAAUCCAACUGAUUUUGUUUGCGGUCUUCUUGCUGAUGUACAUACUAACAUUUACCCAGCAUGCAGUGAUCAUUGUGGUUAUACAAUUGGACUAUCAUCUCCACACACCUAUGUAUUUUUUCAUUCUCAACCUCUCAUUUCUAGAGAUAAGUUAUAUCACUGUAACUGUUCCCAGGAUGUUAUUCAGCUUCAUAUCAGGCAUAAAGACCAUCUCUGUAAAUGGAUGUUUCUCCCAGUUGUAUAUCUUCUUCUUCCUAGGUACCACAGAAUGUUUCCUACUUACUGUGAUGGCUUAUGAUAGAUAUUUGGCUAUCUGUGAUCCUCUCCAUUACAAUGGAAUUAUGGAUAGAAGAACCUGUAUUAAGUUUGCAGGAGGAUGCUGGUCUUUUGGUUUACUGGCUCCAUUUUUGCCAACCACAUUUAUAUUUCGAUUGUCCUUUUGUGGCUUUGUCAUUAAUCAUUUUUUCUGUGAUUCUCCACCACUAUUAAAGCUCUCGUGUCAAAACAUACACACUAUUGAAGUAAUUAAUUUCAUUUUGGGAUCAUUAAUACUUCUAACUUCAUUUUUGUUGACAAUGAUAUCAUAUGUUCAUAUAAUUACUACAAUACUUAAGAUUCCUACUGCUGAUGGACGUCAGAAAGCCUUCUCCACUUGUGCAUCCCAUCUCACCAUUGUAACUAUAUUUUAUGGCACUACUAUUUUCACAUAUGUUCGUCCCAGAACAAUCAGUGCAUUUAAUUUUAACAAGACAGUAUCUCUAAUCUACUCUGUUAUCACACCAAUGAUCAAUCCAAUGAUCUACAGUUUAAGAAACAAUGAUAUCAAACAAGCAUUAAAAAAAGUAAUUGUUCAAAUAUAGCAGUAAUGAUUAUCGUAUCAUUUAAUGCAUUUGUAUUUACAUAUCUAUAACAAAAACAUAAGAAAUCGAUUAGCAAGCUUUACCAGACUAGGAAAUCGUUUAACCUUUUUUUAAGGACUCUUAUGGACUAGAUUUGAUAUUGAAACCAUCUGGAAAUUAGGUUCUGGGGAAGUGCAAUUGCAUGUUUCAUUGUCUUGUAAAGGUGCA